AUGGAUUGCAGCACUUCUUUCUCUGGUGACUCGGGGACAUGUGAAGAGACAAAGUUGUCCCCAUGUGAGGAUAAAAUCAAGUCAGAUGCAUACGACGAUGGGAAGUUGCCACCGAUAGAUGGUGGAAUCCAUGCGUGGUUGUUCUUAGCUGCUUCUGCUAUGAUAGAAGCUCUCGUAUGGGGAUUCGCUUUUUCAUUCGGUGUUUUCCAGAGCUAUUAUCACGACAGUGAAGUCGUCCAGGAUUCCAACAUGGUGGCAGUCAUCGGGACGUGUGCGACGGGCGUCGCGUACCUCAGCUGUCCUCUAGUGAUCACGACUAUGAUCCUUCUCCCUCGAAUGGCAAGAUGGUUUUCCACUCUGGGUCUUACGAUUAUGUGUCUGUCACUAGCCAUGGGGUCAUUUUCGACAAACUUCACACACCUUGUGCUGUCACAAGGCGUUGGAUUUGGAAUAGGUGGCUGUAUCGCAUACAGCCCCUCCAUCUUAUACAUGUCUGAAUGGUUCGACAAGCGAAGAGGGCUCGCUUUCGGCAUCGUCUGGGCUGGAUCCGGCUUGUCUGGAGUGCUAAUUCCUCUCGCUCUGGAGAAGUUCUUGGCACAAUACGGAUUUCGGACAACUUUGAGAAUAUUUUCGGUAUUGAUAUUCGUGCUCGCAGCUCCAUUUCUCUAUUUUCACAAAUCGCGCCUGCCAAUCUCGAGGGAAGUCAAAUACGAUCGGCUUAACGCCCGCUUCCUGUGCAGCCGAGUCUCGAUGAUCUACCAGCUUGGUAAUAUUGCGGAAGCGCUCGGAUUUUUCCUACCAGCAAUUUAUCUUCCAACACUUGCACGCGAGCUCGGUGCUUCAGACUUCCUGGCUUCGCUCACAGUGACUGCUCUGAAUCUGGCAUCUGUAUUCGGCAGUGUUUCCAUGGGGUUCUUGUCCGACCGGUGCCACACACUUACAUGUGUUUCGAUCUCCACGGUGGGCACCGUAUUGUCCAUCUUUCUGAUUUGGGGGUUUUCUACAACUAUACCUGGCUUGAUGGUGUUCGGUGUUGCCUACGGAAUUUUUGCGGGCAGUUAUUCUGCGAUGUGGUCAGGUAUGAUACGCGAAAUUCAGACAAACAACCCGGCAGCGGAUGCAACGAUCAUAUUCUCGACUAUUGCAUUUGGACGUGGCGUCGGUAAUGUUGUCAGCGGACCGUUCAGCGAAGCAUUGAUCCAAGCGGAUAGCUGGCAGGGGCAUGCAGCAGGUGCCUAUGGUAGUGGUUUUGGCCUUCUCAUUGUCUGUACAGGCCUUACUGCUAUUAUGGGUGGAUUAUCCUUGAUGGCACGCUGUUUAAGAUGUAUAUAA